CCUUACACUACACAUACAGUGAUUGGCGUAGAAGGGGGGUCUCGUUGUCAUACCUUCCUGUUUAAUGUAAACCAUUUUUUUGUAACGGAGAGAGUGGUUCACUCUUCUGUGAUCUCAGGGACCUGGUAUCUCACAUACACGGGUACAUCCGGACUUCGCAUGGCUUCACACAUGCAGAACGACAGCUCAGCCGGAUUUCUACAUGAGUUCAAGUCAUUCGCCACAGAUGCGAUCCACGUUGGUUCGGAACCGGAGCAAUGGAACUCUAUGGCCGUAGUGCCUCCAAUUUCAUUGUCGACCACUUUUAAACAACACAGUCCCGGAAAACAUGCGGGUUUCGAGUACAGCAGGAGUGGAAAUCCCACACGAAACUGUCUUGAAAGAGCGGUUGCUGCUUUGGAUGGUGCAAAAUACUGCCUUGCUGUUGCCUCUGGGUUGGCUGCUUCUUUGACCAUCACACAUCUUUUUAAGGCUGGAGAUGGAAUUCUGUCAAUGAAUGAUGUUUAUGGAGGAACAAACCGCUAUUUCAGAAAAAUAGCUGCAGAAGUUGGUCUUGAUGUCUCUUUUGCUGACCUCACAAAUCUUGAGGUGCUAAAGGCAGCACUAAAACCAAACACAAAGAUGGUUUGGAUUGAAACUCCCACAAACCCUACUAUGAAGGUAGUGGACAUUCGGGCCUGUGCAGACAUUGUCCAUGAGCACAACAAGGACACAAUUGUUGUUGUGGAUAACACUUUCAUGUCUGCCUACUUCCAGCGCCCCCUGGCUCUUGGAGCAGACAUCUGCAUGUACUCCGCAACAAAAUACAUGAAUGGACACAGCGAUGUUGUCAUGGGGCUGAUUUCUCUUAACCGUGAAGACCUCAAUGAACGACUGACAUUUUUGCAGAAUGCCCUUGGAGCUGUGCCCUCUCCAUUUGACUGCUAUAUGUGCAAUCGAGGUCUGAAGACACUUCACUUGAGAAUGAAGCAGCACUUUAAGAAUGCACUGGCUGCGGCACAGUUUCUAGAGGCCGACCCACGGGUGGACAAAGUCAUCUUCCCAGGUCUUCCAUCACACCCUCAACAUGAGCUAACAAAGAAACAAUGCACAGGCUGUCCUGGGAUGAUCACCUUCUACAUCAAAGGAAAACUUGAACAUGCCACAGCUUUCCUUAGCAAUCUAAAGUUGUUUGCGCUUGCUGAAAGUCUAGGUGGUUACGAGAGUCUAGCUGAGCACCCUGCAAUAAUGACUCAUGCUUCAGUGUGUGAGAAUGAAAGGAAGGAGCUGGGCAUCAGUGAUACUCUUAUUCGUCUGUCUGUGGGCCUGGAGGAUGAGGAGGAUAUUAUUGCUGAUAUUGAACAAGCUCUAAGUGCUGCUCAUCCAAAGAAAUAAGAGUCAAAUCAAGAUAGUCCUGGACAACAGUGAUCCCACAUCUGGACGAGACCAGGACACCUUUUUGGGCACAUUAUUAAUUUACUUAAGCAUAUUACAGUUAUGCUUGGAAAAAAAUUUAAAUCAUUGAUUUGAUUGUGUCAGAAAACAAAUAUGCUCAACAAACUAUUUUAUGAAUCAGCUCAUUUGCCAUGUUUUCAUUCAAAAUACUGGAGAUACUCAAAAAUUUUUUUAUUCUGAAUUACCUUUUUCUGCUUUUGCAUUUGUUUGUUUUUUAUUAUUGCUUGGUGAGGUUUUGGGAUGCUAACCAAGAGAGGCUCCACAAUUAUUACAUUUUAAAUACAGGAAAAUGUCAGGACUGUAAGGGAAUUCAGGCAUCAUGCAAAUAAUUAUUUUUAUUUUAUUCUUUAUAUUAAGAGAGGAAUCAAAAUAUGGUUGAUUCUAAAAAUGGUGCAACAAUAGAUACCUUCAUCAAACAAUGCACAACAAGUAUUUUUAAAGAAAACGCACAGUCACCAUUAAUCAACAUUAAAGUCACAUCUAUUGUUUACAGUUUACAGUAAAUUGAGCUUGGCUAGACACUUGAGCCUUUUCAAUUGUGAAAGAGUCUUACUGAAUAUUUGUCUGUGCUACCAGAUCCAUUAAAAGCCAUUUGUAGA